UCAUUCCUCUCGUCACAUCUCUCAGUCUCACGCGCCGUAAACUCAGGACGACGACGAGUAACAAUCGCCCCUCCUCCGUCGGCCCGUUCCGUCGUCCCUCCGCUAUCUUUACGCCGAGACCCGCGGUGUUAGUGCCUCCUCGGAAGUGCGUGUGCGUGCGUGAUGCGUGUGCGUCCAUUCCAUUCGCUUGUUGCGCGUGUUAUGCUCCUCGAUGGUCGCGAUGGUACACCAUGUGCUCUCCGUUAGAGCUCCUGCAUCUUCGCGGCCUGGUACACGGCGUGUGACGGUUCUCUCUUCAGUGUCGACGAUCACGCGCUCUCUUCCUCUCUCUAUCUUUCGCUCUUACGUGUGGGGUGGAUAUGUGCAUUACGAGUGCAAUAACGCCUUUGCACGGUGCGAUUGAUCACGCCGCGGCGAAACCGUCGUCGCCACUCGAAUGGAAAGUGCACUCCCGGUGCGCCGGACGCGAUUGAACGACGAAAUGGUGGUGAUGCUCCUCUUUCACGCCGUCGUAGUCGCCAUCGCCGCCGCCGCCGCCGCCGUCGCCGCCGCCGCCAGCUGUGGGUGGAUUUACCGGUCUGGGACUGUCGUCGACUCGCUCGGUGAUCCUUGACGCUGCCCGAACGAGAAAUAGUUAUUCAGUGGAGGACGCGGAACAAUUAAAGAGGAGAGACGACGAGUGUCCGCCGUAAAAAGGGAAUUUUCGGAAGAGGAUGCUCGGCAGUUGGGGCUGGGAAGAAGAAUCGGAGUUGGGAGAGGGUACAGCAGCCCCGUCGCAAGAGAGACAAAGACGAGAGAGCCCAGACUCGACGCAUCCUGUCCCCGACAGUCGGGUGCUGAGGUAUGCACCCAGCCGGUGUCACCACCCUCCCAGCUACAGCUCGCCACAUUUCAGCACGCAGCCUCCUCUCGACUGUACAGACUAGCAGCGUGAGGUGGCCAAGAUGCUGACUGCUCACCCUGAGAUGCACGAGAAGCGGGACAGCCUCGGGAGCGGGCAAUAUGGGGCAGGCGGGGGUGGUGGCACUUCGAUUGAGGAGAAAUCUAUUCCGGAACAACCACCCCCGCCUCCCGCACCGCCACAACGAGACCCAUCGGAUCCCACUAUCAGCGCUAAGAAGCUUCCAAAGAAACGAAAAUUCGAUCUAUCCGAGCUUGAGGAGAUGGACAAAACUAGCAAUGUCACCAGCAACAUCAAUAAUAUGGUCAACAUACGGGGGCCAACUAUGCCGCUUGGCGGCCAAUCGGUUUUAGGACAGCAACCGAGCUUAUCAACUACUACCAGCCGGCAAUCGCCGCAACAACAAGAGUCCGAUUGCUAUCAAAUACCCCCAGCUCAUUCGGUUGUAGUGUUACCUCCUCAAAAUACAGCGGUGGAUUACUCUCUCCGCGAGGAACCUUCACGUUCUCGUCCUCGUCUUGCUAUUGAUCUCAGUGAGUGGCGCGAUCAUAGAGUGUUAGCUUUAAGGGAUUCAUAUUACUACCCGGGUGUUAUACGUAACGUUGUUCACGGUGAGAUUUUAAUUGAAUUCGACUGCGAUGGGAAAGUAAUGCGUUAUAGUGACGUUCUUGGUACGAGACGAUACGACGUAAUAGGCGAUGCAAGCCCGUCUCUGGGACAAGUGACUUUGGACACAAAGGUUUGCAUCAGGUGUCCAAUUGCGAACAAUCAUGUGGAGGCGACGAAGGUGUUUGUAAAGGGGACAGUGUGCAAGAUAUUAACGAAGCCUUAUCGUUUUGUUGUGAAAAUACCGCGGGAGGACGAUCAGAGUGAUAGUUAUGUUGUCAAACGCGCGGACUUACGGCUAGUGCAACCUCCAUGGGCGGAAGAAUUGGAGGAGGGAUUGGAGGAAUGUGAUCCUACAAGAGUUGAGACCAUCGAACACGGGUAUCGUAAUAAUACCACGGAAGCUCCGACAGCAGUGCCAAUUUUGCAAAUCCAUCAUAGUUCUCACCACACAGCGCAUAUGUCAAGUCAUAACGACACAAGCUAUUAUAGAACGACCGGUACCAGUCCUCUCAUGACUUUAAAUCCUGCGCAUUCUGCCACAGCGUUAAGUAAUGGCAGUCGACCGUACGACGACUUAGAAAGCGAAGAUGAUUUAGACAGAGAAGAUAUUACAUUUCCUUCGGAUGCAGAUGCAAAAUUGUCAGGGAGCAGCAAAAGAAGCAGUAUGCAGAGCCGAGGAAGUACCAGUAGCCUAGUAGAACAACGUAGUAUAACGCCUCGUUCUCAGGCAGCCACACCCAGAUCUCAGGCGGCAACGCCACAUAGGUAUAAAAAGGGUGAUAUAGUGGUAACACCGAGUGGAGUAAGAAAAAAAUACAAUGGGAAACAAUGGCGCCGACUUUGUAGUAGGAAGGACUGUAACAAGGAAAGCCAGCGAAGAGGAUACUGUUCCCGUCAUCUUAGCUUAAAAGGAUCUGGUCUUAGAGGCCCUACGAAUACAUUUCCUGGUGGUAAAAUGGACGGCGAAGAAACAUCGAGAGAUUCCGAUACUUCACCAAAUUACGUUGACAGAAGAAUUGCGGGUAGAUUCGAUCAAGAUGAAACUGAAGCUGCUAAUAUGCUUGUGUCUUUGGGGAGCUCUAGAUCGGCUACGCCAGCCUUUUCGUCACCGACGGGCCAGUCUUCUAUAUCGCCGUGUAUAAAUCAAUCGCCGGUGCCGCCGUUGGGGCUCAACCAGAAUAAUGUAUUCAUGCCUAUUUCGAGUCCCGCUCAUCACGCGACUCCGCUGAUUUCGCCCGGUGCAAAAUGGAAGCAUUCACCCACGCAAUCGAACUUUUUAGUCCAGUAUCCGCAACAAGUGAUAAAACCCGAGCCAAAUCGAGUAGACAGAAAUCGACCGAUUCCGAUUUCCGCCAGUUUAGGAACAAGCGUCAUAAGAAUCUCUCCGGUGAGUCGCAGUAUGCAACCCGGGCAGAAUCCGAAUCUGUCAUGGUCGGAGCAGAGCCCGCCACCGACGAGACAUCCUUCGGUUGUGACAUCGAUCGCCCAGCAACAGCAAGGCAUAAUCUUGCAACAUGCGCUAACAUCGAGUAACGAUUUUCCCAAUCAGACUGAGAUGCCCGAACAGAGUCCGCAAUUGAUAAAACCGCCACUCUCGCCUCACAUGCCUCUAUCCACUAUCUCGGUACCGCAGAAUCUGACGCUUGUACAUAAGACGCUGGAGCAACCUGUCGACUAUGCGCCGUCACCACAGUCUCAGGGCCAGCCGAUUUAUGUAAUGCACGAAAAAAAGUAUCUUGUGAUAAAGAACAGUAUGGACAUGUCGGCACCAUCGGGCACACACAUAAGCAAUCAGGAUGACAAGUAUCGGCAGAGCCUGAUCAACCAUCCAGGCCAACUGUCGGCAUCCACGUUGCAUCAAGUUCAGUGUCAACAACCAUCUCAAUCACCUGCGGUUUCAUCCGUCCACAUUGACAAACUGCCUGUUCUGCAAUCUGUGAAUAAAGUGAGUACACACACGACUGUGCAUAUGGACAUGCAGAGGAAUCAGCCGCCGCCUACGAGUGCCGUAAUGACAUCCACUACAGAGGCGUCCAAUCCGUCUACUCCGACAAGCGUCUUCCAGCACGUAAUUGUUCAGCCAGGACAUUUGGUGCAAAUUCCAAAAACCCAACCUCCUAGAGAAGAGAAUCCAAAAAACAAUGGUGCCCUCUAUGGCAGCCACGAAGUUCCUCCUGCAUACCAGCCCCAUCCCCCAUCAUUACUGAACAAUGCAGCGCGCGCCUGGAGAAAAGCUUUGUCCUGGCAGACAGCUCUGGAAUCAGAGGUGAGCCCUCCUCCUUCUGCUCUGAGUCCACCCCUGAGUGCACCUCCAAUACCAAUAAGUAUGAGCACACCUGCUGAAGAUGGUCCUGGUACUGGUCCAGAUCCUAUAACACCCGCUGAAGAAGAGGAUGAUGAUGUUUUUGAAGCAGAACCAACUCCACCCGCGGAAGUGGAAGCUAACGCUAAUAAAAGACGCAGUCAAUCGCUUAGUUCUUUGCAGCCACAGACUCCACUGAAGCAGAAAGACAGAAUACGUCGCCCAAUGAAUGCAUUCAUGAUUUUCUCGAAACGGCAUCGCGCCGUCGUGCAUCAACGCCAUCCCAAUCAAGAUAAUCGUACUGUGUCCAAAAUAUUAGGAGAAUGGUGGUAUGCAUUGGGACCAGAGGAGAAGCAAAAGUAUCACGAGCUUGCCUCGGAAGUAAAAGAAGCACACUUUAAGGCACAUCCAGAUUGGAAAUGGUGUAGUAAAGACAGACGUAAGCCAUUGCCAACUAGCUUUAAGGGAAAUGAAACUAGGGCAAAAUUAAACAGCACUGGAGAGGAAACGGAUCCUCUGCAGGGUUCUUCGUCGGAGGAUCCAUUAGUGAUGACCGAUGAAGUAUCUACUCCAGUUACUACUACGUACAAUGACACUUCCAAUAUUGAGAUUAUAAACCAAUCACAUACGCAACAUCGGAUUUCGGAGAUCCCUUUGCAAAUGGAAAACGCGGAGAAUGAUAUCAAGCAGGACGAUGACGCGAAUGGAUCGGACGACGAUCAGAUGGUUAUCUGUGAGGAUCCCCAGCCGGAAAUAGAUCUGAAGUGCAAAGACAAGUUAACAGACAGUGACAAUGAAGCACAAGAUGAGGAUGUGGAUAAGUGUUACCAACCGCAAUUUUCGCCCGUGAGCGGUCAAAAGAGGGAAGUGAUCAAUGUUAAACAGGAAAUAACGUGCAGGCCUAAACCGAUAAAAGCACGGAUACCCUCAACAGGUAUAGAAUCUACAACAAAAUAUCACCAUAUGGAUAAAGGCGGUACUGUAUCAGUUUUGUCGAGUACGUAUCCUUAUCACAGUCCUGUCAAUCCAACAGGAGUGUCAGGGUUCCAGCCUACCGGUGGCGCUUUCAUAACCAUGCCGAUAUCGCCAAAGAUUAUUAAGCCAGAACCAGUGAAGAACGAACAGCAGUACAGCACGCAAUAUAGCGUGAGCAAUCUCGUGAGCAUCCACACUGAGAACGGACGGAACAUGCCUAAAUUUACAGCAGCUCCGGUGUUACACACUAUUGGAUCGAAACCUAUGAUGGCGCUGUUGAAACAACAGCAGCCGUUGCAGUCUUUAGGCACUGCUCUUCGCCCCUUUACUUCAACUGUCCCUUAUCAACCACCGCUCACUCUAACAUUGCUCGAUAACGAUUUGGUGGCUGUUUCCAAACCGCAGCAGGGAUCGCAGUACCUUAACCCGACGCCGCCGCACUCGAGGAUGUAUGGUGGUUUCCAAAUACCCAUCACUGACGCUGGUAGCCGCAACAAUUCGAUAUCCGUGCAGAGUUUGGCUUCGAACAACAAGAUGGAGAUUCAAAGCGUGAUUGUGAGCAAACCUUAUCCUGCAACGUUAUCGACGGUUUCCAAUACGUCGACUUACAGAGGGAUUGGCCAUUCCAUUGCUCGUCUCGCGGAAUCUGAAAACAAUGACAAUCAAUUGGCUACGAAUCACGCUCAGUUUUAUGUCAGCAAUAUAAAAACAGAAAGUAACAAGGAUUUUGCAAAAAAUAUAAACAUUUCUCUUUCUACAAUAAAUGAGAUACAUAAGCAACCAUCGACACCUCAUACGCCGCAUACGCCACAAAAUAAUCACGGAAACGGUGAUCUAUCGUCAAGUAAAUCGUACACGUUCGAUGAAGGGCAAAGCAAUGAUGUAACGCCAAGUAAAGGUCCGUUCAUGCUUGCUCCGACUCCGGCACAACUUGGUCGAGCGCCAUUGCAAAGGAGGCAAUCAAUGGCAAUGCCUCCCGCAUCAACUGCGGGAGACCAUGGGCCAGUGGCAUCAUCUCAACAUUGUGAUAAUCGACCACAAAUAAAUACAUCUCAAACGACUGAGCAGAUGCAACAACAGAAUUUAACAGAAUCUCAUACUUCUCCCUCUCCUUGUACUAAGAAGGGUUCCUUCUUUAAGAAAAACGUGGAGGAUGGUAUGGACAGAGUUCUCGAACAAGUGAACUUCCAAGAAAAAUUCUCAUCGUUGCCGGAAUUCAAACCGGAGGAUAUACAAAGCCCGAGUGCGAUCAGUAAUACUCCGGGUUCAUCUAGCCAUAGCAGUGCAGCUUCUGGAUUACAUUUGCAAACACCUAUGCAGAUGCCAGGUUAUCGAAAAAAAUCUGCACAAGGACCUCAUAGGCCCACAAUGAAUGAGGAUGAGAUCGACUCGGAUACACCGAUAUCAGCUACUCCAAAGUCUACUUCAAGUGUCAAAUUGACAGGCACCACAUUUUUCGGCCCGGAUUUCAACGUUGAUGCUUAUAGAGCUAACAAUGAUUUAAUGGAAGUCGAUGCUACUUCUCCGCGUACGCCAAAAACUCCUGGAAGCAGUGCUGGAAAUACCGUAGGAUUCGGUAGAGGUGACAACGAACGCGGUCAUAGAAAGAUCCUGGAGCAACGGAGACAUUUAGUCAUGCAGUUGUUUCAGGAACACGGUUACUUUCCAUCCGCGCAUGCGACUACCACGUUUCAACUUAACCAUGCGGAUAUAUUUCCUACCAAGACAAGCCUGCAAUUGAAGAUUCGAGAAGUACGACAAAAAUUGAAAGCCAAUUCGACUCCGAGUGCUAAUAGCCUCGUUAGUCCUUUACCGGUGUCCGAAUCUUCACCCGUUAUAACUGGUUCAACUGCUCCUCCAACAUCAAUGGGAGCUCCACAUUCACUGCCUGUAAGCAGUAGUGGUAGCUAGCACCCACGUGCCAACUGUGAUACUAUGCAUCCCCUUACUCCGCAACAUGAAUACAUCAUUAUUCUUUGAAGAGCAAAGUAUAUACUAGAAAAAUCGUCAGUGUACACUCUCCUUGGAAUUUGUAAAGUACUGCGGAAGGCUUUAGUGCAAUUUUAAAUUACAAUGAAGUCAAUGCGGAUGACAUUAGUGGGCAUAUUGAGACGUGUCGAUAUAUAAAUGUCAACGAUGAUCAACUUUGUAUAUAAUACUAAGAUAUUAACCAUUUGAUAAGAUAUCAGCUAUUCUCUUGGAAUAUGUGUUCGAAUACUUGUGUUCGAUCAUGUGUUGAACAAUGAAGAAAUUAUGAAAAUUGCGAAUAUUCAAUUAAUGAGCCGCGGUAUUAUUUUGCGGUAAUUUAUGUUUUGUGCAUAUAAAUUUUAACAUUGUGUGUUUAAUUCUAUUAUACUAUAUAGUAACGCACGACAAUGGUUGUACAUUGAAGCGUGCCUCGAGACUAAACUUUCUUCUUUGAGACGAAAAGACAAUACUACACUGCAAUAUAGAUUCAAGAAGGGUUAAAAAACAUUUAUACGGAUAUAUUAUUUCAUUAUAUUUUAAAAAUAUAAUAUUCGCUGCGUAAUUCGUAAUUGUACAAUUGAUAUUUGUAUAUCAAUACGUCUUGCGUGAUUCAUGAAAGGCCUAAGCCAUUGUUAAAUAUUGUUGAAAAUAUGAAGUAAAAUUCCAUAGAGAAAAAGAGAAACAAUUAGAAAAAGAAGGAGAGAGAGAGAGAGAGAGAAAAUUGUAAUUGGAACAUUACGGAACAUAGAAUUAACAGAACAUUAUGAAAUGAAAUCAGAAUUUAUAUAUAUAUAUGUAUAUAUUCUAUAUAAUAUAUAUACAUAUAUAUAAAUAUCAUAUAUAGAUUGGAAAGAAAACUAUAGAAUGAAAACUGAUAAACAGCACAAAAAUGUAUGUAAUACACUUAUCAGGAACGUUUAUUUUGCAUGUAAAUAUUACGGAAUAAUCUUAAGGCAAAGGAUAGUUUGAACAAUUGAAAUAUCUACAAUUCUUUAUCUUAAGAAUUGUACGAGCAUCGUAGUCUUCAUUUAGAUUACGAAACCAGAUGAAAAUCGUGCCAUCGUGCGGCGACAAAAUGAAGGGAAUAUGCAUGCGCUAUAAUUCCCUUUUUAGUGGAGAAAUAAUUGUUAGAUAACUCUGAUAUAUAGAUAAUAUGUAAUAUGUUUCUGAACAUUAUUGAAAGUACUUAUUCUACUGUUUUUAGAGACUUUGCUAAGAUUCAAUGCAUUAAUUUAUAUUUUAUAAGUGUUUUAAAAACGGUCUCAUUAUUUUUUUUUUUUCAAUUAAUAUUUUUCAUUUAUAUUAUAUUUUUUUCCUUUUUUUUGGCCUUAGUUAUAAGCGCUUUUAUGUAUGCCAUUUUUUUCUUUUUUUUUUUGGUCCGUGACAAAUACACAUUUUAUUGUUACCUUUAUUGCAUGUACCAAGUACUUAACAUGUACUGCGUAGAUGAAGAGGUAGGAAAAAUCAGAUUGUUGUUAAUAUACAAAUAUCGACAUCAGUUUUUAUUAUGACAAUUAUCGUAUGUCAUUAAUAAUGGCAACAACGUACUAAAAAUAAGAUCGCAUGCACUUUUAUCGAAACAUAAAUGUUUACGUUGUACACAUCGAAUUUGUACAUUAUGUUGAAUGGAGGAUCAGUGUUGUUAUAUUGUGUAUUUUAAUAAGUUUAUUCUUUAUCAUACAAGAUAAGAGAUAUAAUGUAUCGCAUCUGUUUUAACGUCUUUUUUUACUGAUCCAAGGUUCUCCCUUUUUUAUGUUGUUAAAAGCUUUAGAAUUAUCGCAUCGAAUUUUAGCAAAGAUUGUUGAAUUUGGCUGUAAAAUAGAUUAUGUAAUUAUCAUAUGUUUAUAAAAAAAAAAAGAGAGCGCACCUCGGUUGAAGUCUUGCGCCACGGCACGUAUAUCGUAGUUAGGAUAUGAGACGUCUAUUCUACAUAUUUUGUAAAUAGAAAACAAUAUACUAAUUGAAACAUAUGUAUAUAUUUCUCAAUACAUAUAUAUAUGUAUAUGUAUAUUGAAUAUAUAUAUACAAUAUAAAAUGUGGAGGUGUAGAAUAUAAUGGUAUUGUAAUUUGUAGAGGUUAUAAUUAUAUGAGGAAAAAUGCAGGCAGGAUUAAGUUUAGAAUAAUUGCAGAUUAUGGGCCUUCAUCUGUAGUGGACUCUUGUGCUCGGGACGGUCCUCCCACCCUUCUCCAAAGUUAAUUCUUUCCUAAAGCGUUAGGAUACUAUUGUUUGUAUAUAAUAUAAUUAUAUCAUUAUCCUAUUGUCUCUUGAUUUAUUAUUUUUUAUUAAGCGUUAAACGCACUAGUGGCAAAUAGUAGCGUAGGAAGAGGGAAACUUGAAGCCUGGAUUGAUCCUGUAACGCUUUUGUAUCGUCGGCAUUAUUUAAUAUCUUAUCAUAAUUAAUAUCUUGAUUCUGCUGAUGUGAGAAAUCUCACUUCAGAUUUAUGGUGCAAGUCGUUUUAAUACAUUUUAAAACUAUAAAAA